CCUGCGCAGGAUGCAGUGCUUUUUAAAACACUGGUACAUCACGACGUACGUAAAAUCCGCUAGAAGGUUCGCGUCACGUCCCUGGAUGGCGUCCUCACUUUGUUUAUCCAAUCUUGAAUGUUACUGGAAAUGCAGUAGGUGUGCGUCGUAGGUGAAGAAGAGGAAGAUGAGUAGUGUCAAGCCCCCCAAGUCACCACGCCAGACUCUUUCGCGGCAAGGAUGUGUUAUUAUUCGCUGCCCUUCGCCAACUUCUCUCGGUUAAAGGCAACGCUGAAGACCGCAAGGGCUCCGAGAGAUUAACGAAAUCUAGAUUUUACCCAGAGAACCGUCACCAGCCUGGACAAACAAGAUGAAAUUUCCGAGUGAGAAUCCAAGAAAACCAAGAAACAGCCCGUCACCAGUGGCAGUUCAGACUAACCUGGUCCCACCCAAAAAGAUGCAGCCAGGUAUGCUUCAAUCCAGCCUUGUGCACGCCAGCGUGGCUACCAUGCAAAACCCGAUGGGCUGCUCUUUGCCCCGACUCUCCAUCUCCCGGCCCGCAAACAUGGUGGUCAGCAUGGAGGCAGUAGCUGAUGGCUCAGCUCCUUUCACCAUGAUGAAACUGAAGACAGUGCUGGCAGUCUUUGUGGUGGUUGUGGCCUACUUGGUGGCAGGAGGACUAGUGUUCCAAGCACUAGAGCAGCCAUUUGAAAACAACCAGAAGAUAACCAUCACAACAGAGAAGGCAGCAUUUCUGCAAAAACACCCCUGUGUGUCCCAAGAUGAGCUGGAGGCUCUCAUCAAACACUCUGUUGAUGCUGUGAAUGCUGGUGUGAAUCCUGUUGGCGACACCUCUUAUAACUCUAGCCACUGGGAUCUGGGUAGUGCCUUCUUCUUUGCUGGAACAGUUAUCACAACAAUAGGGUAUGGUAACAUUGCUCCAAGCACUGAGGGAGGAAAGGUUUUCUGCAUUCUAUACGCAAUAUUUGGCAUCCCACUUUUUGGAUUCCUCUUAGCAGGGGUUGGUGACCAGCUAGGGACCAUAUUUGUUAAAAGUAUUGCCAAAGUAGAGAAGAUGUUCCGGAAUAAACACAACCAGAUCAGCCAGACCAAAAUCAGAAUAGCAUCCACCCUUCUCUUCAUCCUGGCUGGCUGCAUCCUGUUUGUGACCAUGCCAGCUGUGAUCUUCAAAUACAUCGAAGGUUGGACAGCUCUCGAGUCAACAUAUUUUGUCGUCAUCACAUUGACAACUGUUGGGAUAGGAGACUAUGUGGCAGGCGGAAAUCGGAGGAUUGUGUACCGCAAGUGGUACAGACCGUUGGUUUGGUUCUGGAUCCUUGGUGGUCUGGCCUAUUUUGCUGCAGUGCUAAACAUGAUUGGAGACUGGUUGAGGGUGCUAUCCAAAAAGACCAAAGAAGAGGUUGGGGAAAUCAAGGCCCACGCAGCAGAGUGGAAAGCAAAUGUGCGAGCGGAGCUGAGAGAGACAAGGCGGCGUAUGAGUGUUGAGGUCAGUGACAAACUGCAGCGAGCUGCCACUAUCCGCAGCAUGGAAAGACGACAGCUCGGCCUGGAUCAGCGUGCAGUCUCCAUGGAUAUGCUUUCUCCAGAAUGCCGAGCAAUCUUCAACAGUCUGGACACCAGCAGCUACAAAACCUCCUCCCAGGAGAGUAUUGACACUAAGUUGAACAAUAUUCAACUAAGGAGUGCUGAGCGGUGCGGCCGUCAGUCCAAUCACCAAACCACAUCCGAGGACAACAUUUUUAAUCGCCUUGGUUCUGUCACCAAACUGGCAAAACGCAACAGGAAUCGGGACUUGAAGACAAACGCCACAGAAGAAGCUCGCCGUCCUAAUAGUGAAGCCUAUGGUUGGCUCACAGCCACUUUUGAUUGUAGCACACCUGUUGUGGAUGAAGUGAAGAGGAAGGAUGAGGAAGACGACAAGACUGAAGACAAAGAGUGCAAUACCAGCUUCUCUGAAUUUCCUUUGUUUGUGGAAGCUUACAAGUCACAUAAUGGGCUUAAUCUUGAGCAAACCAAAGAGAACAAGAAAAAUGAAACACUUGAAAUGAAAGAGCUGCAUUUUGAGAUGGGCACAUAGCCGUCUGUAUGUCAAAGCAAUGUUUUACGAUGCCACCAUUUGUGCCUUAGGUUUUCUCUUUCACCAGUAUGUGCUUAUGCAGGGUUAAUGCCUGCCUCUUUGUGCUACAGUGUAUGAGGGUUCCUAUAUUUUUACUGACCGCAAGGUGUUACUGGUCCUUACCUCUUAUUAAAAACACUUUUGUUAAUGUAGCAUUAAAUGAUGGUCAUAGUUUACUCUACACCACAGUUUUUUCCCCAAAAAAAUAGUUUCCCAGGCUGCUACACAGCUUUGAAAUAAUAUUUUAUUCAUAAAAGAUAGUUCAAAUAUGUGUCCCACCACAAUGUCUUUAAAAGUUAGGGCCUUGGAUAAACUUUACAACAAUUGAAUUGGCAGGGUUACAAGUAAAUUGUGUUCUUUUAACAAUUACUAAUCAGCAGGUGUGAUAAAAUGCCUCUCAUUAAAUAUAUAAAAGUGUUUUAUUUUAUCUGAAAUUGAGUGAUAAUCUGAUAUUUUCAGACAUCUGUGCCAUUUCAUGAUUUUUCAUUUAAAUGGUUCUAAAAAUGUUCGGUAGCAGAAAUCAGAUCUACUUGCAAUUGUUACGCAACGCAGAGGGUCCAAAUAACAAUAAAAAAUCAAAUAUUGCAAUUUUAAUGCACUUAUUUUUUUCUAAACCAGCUCAUAAAAAUAUAGAAAUCCUCAUACAGUUCUGUUAACAUGCAGUAUUUUGAGUGCUGUAGGGAUACGAUAUACACAUUAUAUUGGCAUCAUCAUGAUCCAGUGUGAUAAUGCAAAAUACUUUCAUAGGUUGUGCAAUUCUAUGCCAAAUGAUGGGCAACAAGGUAAAAAACUGGGUAGCUCCAACAAGUGCUAACAUAUAACAACUUUGGUCAUACUUUUGUACCUUCAUCCAAUUCUUUAUGAGAUAAUAUACAAACUGAUUACAUGUACUGUAGGUGUAUAAGGUAUGUAAACAUAAUGGAUGUUUGUAAAUG